CGAGCGGCCGGGGGCGGGGCCUCGGGGACCCGCCGGGGCUGGGCGGCCCGGAGGCCAGCGGCGAGCGGCUGAUUGUUCCGCCGCGAGGUCGGCGGGGUUCUCGCCGCGCUGAGCAGCGGAGCACAGCCCGGAACUACGCGCGCGCGCUCUGCCUGCGGCGCUGGGACAGUGAGGCGCACGGGGCCCUCCGAGGAGUGCGGGGGUGACCGCGCCGUCCAGCCCCGGGUCUGCUGCUGGGCGCUCCGAGCCAAGAGAAAGAUGCAUUUGGGCGCACAGUUCAGGCUGCGGGGCUGAGCGCUUUCCGUGCAGCAGCGGCGACAGCACUGCCCUGGGCGGACGGCGGCGACACUUGGCGUGCGCGGGGGCUCCGGAGCCGGCCAGGAGCGCGGCGGGAGGACAAGGAGCGUCGGCGGAGCAGCUCUUGCCCGGAUCCGUGGGCUUCGCAGCGAGUCCAGCGGGGUUGGCCCGGAUGGGCGCGGGGCUCGCGGCCCCAGCCGGGCGCUGCGGAGCGGCCCGGGCACCGGGGGCCCGCUGAGCGCCAGAGCCGCGGCAGCGGGGGAAACUUGUGCCGGCGGCCAUGCCCCGGCGCGGAGCCUAGUGCCGAGCGGAGUCCCCGCGGACCGGCCCGCCUCUGCGGUCGUCCGGGACCUCGCAGUCCCCGCGCCCGGAGUUCGCCGCGCGCUCCAGACAAGAUGGCGCGGCCGGUCCGGGUAGCGUUCGGGGCCCAGCGCCGCUCGCCCUGUCCUCUCCUUUGGCUGCUGCUGCUGCUUCGGCUGGGGCCGGCGACGGCGGCAGCCGACCCUCGACCGGCCUGCGCUGCUGCCUGCACUUGCACGGGGGACUCGCUGGACUGCGGCGGGCGCGGUUUAGCGGCGCUGCCCCGGGACCUGCCCGCCUGGACGCGGAGCCUAAACCUGAGCUAUAAUAAACUUUCUGAGAUUGACCCUGCUGGUUUUGAGGACUUGCCGAAUCUACAGGAAGUGUACCUCAAUAACAAUGAGCUGACAGCCGUGCCGUCCCUGGGUGCUGCUUCAUCUCACAUCGUCUCUCUCUUCUUGCAGCACAAUAAGAUCCGCGGCGUGGACGGGAGUCGGCUGCAGUCUUACCUCUCCUUGGAGGUGCUGGACUUGAGCUUCAACAACAUCACGGAGAUCGGGAACACCUGCUUUCCGCAUGGGCUGCCCCUCAAGGAACUCAACCUGGCAAGCAACCGGAUUGGCACUCUGGAGUCGGGAGCGUUCGAUGGCCUGUCACGGUCGCUGGUAAUGCUUCGCCUGAGCAAAAACAGGAUCACCCACCUUCCCAUGAAAGCAUUCAAGUUACCCAGGCUGACACAACUGGACCUGAAUAGGAAUCGCAUUCGGGUCAUCGAGGGCCUGACGUUCCAGGGACUUGACAGUCUGGAGGUGCUCAGGCUCCAGCGAAACAACAUCAGCAAGCUCACGGACGGGGCCUUCUGGGGACUGUCCAGGAUCCACGUGCUGCACCUGGAGUACAACAGCCUGGUGGAGGUGAACCGAGGCUGGCUGUACGGCCUCUCGGCCCUGCACCAGCUGCAUCUGAGCGGCAACUCCAUCGCCCGCAUUAACCGUGAAGGCUGGAGCUUCUGCCCGAAGCUGCACGAGUUGGUCUUGUCCUUCAACAACCUCACGCGGCUGGACGAGGAGAGCCUGGCCGACCUGAGCAGCCUGAGCGUCCUGCGCCUCAGCCACAACUCCAUCAGCCACAUCGCGGAAGGCGCCUUCAGGGGCCUCCGAAACCUGCGUGUUCUGGAUCUGGACCAUAACGAGAUUUCCGGCACGAUAGAGGACACCAGUGGCGCUUUCACGGGGCUGGACAAUCUCAGCAAGCUAACUCUGUUCGGAAACAAGAUCAAGUCCGUGGCUAGGAGAGCCUUCUCGGGACUGGAAGGCUUGGAGCACCUGAACCUUGGAGAGAACGCAAUCAGAUCUGUCCAGUCUGAUGCCUUUGUGAGGAUGAAGAACCUCAAAGAGCUCCACAUCAGCAGUGACAGCUUCUUGUGUGACUGCCAGCUCCAGUGGCUGCCCGCGUGGCUAGUGGCCAGGAUGCUGCAGGCCUUGGUGACAGCCACCUGUGCCCACCCAGAAGCGCUGAAGGGCCGGAGCAUCUUCUCCGUGCCACCGGAGACUUUCGUGUGCGAUGACUUACCGAAGCCCCAGAUCAUCACCCAGCCGGAGCCCACCAUGGCCGUCGUGGGCAAGGACAUCCGGUUCACGUGCUCAGCGGCCAGCAGCAGCAGCUCCCCCAUGACAUUUGCCUGGAAGAAGGACAACGAGGUCUUGGCCAACGCCGACAUGGAGAACUUCGCCCACGUACGCGCGCAGGACGGGAAGGUGAUGGAGUACACCACCAUCCUGCACCUGCGCCGCGUCACCUUCGGGCACGAGGGCCGCUACCAGUGCGUCAUCACCAACCACUUCGGCUCCACGUACUCGCACAAGGCCAGGCUCGUCGUGAACGUGCUGCCAUCCUUCACCAAAAUACCGCACGAUAUUGCCAUCCGGACUGGCACCACGGCCCGCCUCGAGUGUGCCGCCAGCGGCCACCCUAACCCACAGAUCGCUUGGCAGAAGGACGGAGGCACGGACUUCCCCGCUGCGCGUGAACGACGCAUGCACGUCAUGCCCGACGACGACGUGUUUUUCAUCACGAAUGUGAAGCUGGAGGACAUGGGCGUGUACAGCUGCACUGCCCAGAACUCGGCCGGCAUCGUUUCCGCCAACGCCACCCUGACAGUCUUCGAAACCCCAUCGUUGGUGGUGCCCCUGGAAGACCGUGUGGUGUCCACAGGAGAAACGGUGGCGCUCCAGUGCAAAGCGACCGGGAACCCUACGCCCCGCAUCACCUGGUUAAAGGGGGGCCGCCCCCUGAGCCUCACCGAGCGGCACCACUUCACGCCCGGCAACCAGCUGCUCAUUGUUCAGAACGUGGUGGUGGAGGACGCGGGCCAGUACACGUGCGAGAUCUCCAACACCCUGGGCACGGAGCGCGCGCACAGCCAGCUGAGCGUCGUGCCCGCCCCCGGCUGCAGGAGGGACGGCGGCACCGUGGGCAUCUUCACCAUCGCCGUGGUGUGCAGCAUCGUCCUGACGUCGCUGGUCUGGGUGUGCAUCAUCUACCAGACCCGGAAGAAGAGCGAGGAGUACAGCGUCACCAACACAGAUGAAACCAUCGUGCCACCGGAUGUUCCAAGCUACCUCUCGUCUCAGGGAACUCUUUCUGACCGGCAGGAAACUGUGACUAGGACUGAGGGUGGCCAUCAGGCCAACGGGCACAUCGAGAGCAACGGUACUUGUCCAAGGGACGCCAGCCUCUUCUCAGAGGCGGACGCUCACGGCAUCAUGUGCAGGCAGCCGAAGCUAUGCGUGGGCUCGAACAAGGAGCCCUGGACCGUGAUGGAGAAAGCGCCGCAGAGGCCGGGGCCACAGAAGACGGAGCACAGCAGCCCGGUGGCCUGCGGGGACGGCAACACUGGUGUGGACGGUUACUCGAAGGAGCAAGCUUUCUGUCCUCCGCCUGUGACCAGAGAGAGUACACAGCCAGGCACACUCAGUAGCCAGGAGUCCAGUCAGACACACCGAGAACAUUCUCUGCCACCUCUAACCAGUGGGACUGCUGACGGGUCCCGCGCCGACUGCAGGGGGUCCCUCUACCCCAGUAACCACGACAGAAUGCCGACGUCCUUGAAGAAAAAGCCACUGGCGCCUCCAGAUGGGAAAGGCGCCUCUCCGUGGACUUUGGCAAGGUUGUGUGAGCCGGACUCGAGAGACCUCCAGCCUCCCUCGACAUUAACUCCAGGUAGUCCCGAGCUCUCCGAAGCCACCUCGGGCUUUCCUGACGUCCCCAGUGAAAGCCAGCACUUGCUUCUUUCCAACGGACACCUCCCCCAGGUGUGCGACGCCAGCCCCGAGUCCCCAGUGCUGACAGGACAGCCUCCAGGGAAACGGGGCGUGCCCCUGCUCUUUCCCCCGAAGAUCUAGGCUUGGUCUACCUCAGCUCUUGUGUCCGUCUCUACAGGAAGGAGAGGUAGUAGGAGAGGCUGUAAGGAAGCUUGAGUUCAAGCGUCACUGAUGUGUACAGAGUUUUUAAACUUCCAAGUGGAGUGUCCGUGGUUUAAAGGACUUGCAGCUGAAGCCCAGAACUGCAAGAGGCUGUUGUGUACAAAAGCAGAAAAGUAUUUGAUACCCUUGUACAUAAGAGUUUUCAGAGAUUUCCUAUAUAUUAUAUAUCUUUUGCAGAGGCUAUUUUAAUCUUUAGUGCAUGGUUAACAGAAAAAAAAAAACCGUACAAUUUUGACAAUAUUAUUUUUCGUAUCAGGUUGCUGUUUAAUUUUGGAAUGGGGGGUGGGGAGGAGUUCUGGUGCCUUAAUGCAUGGAUGGAAUUUGUAGAAGCUAAAAACAACAUUUGCUCCCAGGAGUUUCUGGAGGGCGGGGCGGAAGGGAAGUCCUGGGGUUUGCCUUGCACUUCCCGGGACAGCCCCCCAGGAUGCGGCGCAGCCCGGGCCCUCCUUCGGGUGCACGGGCUUCCACGUCCCAUCAUCACUCACGUGGGGGUGCUCCCGCAGCUCGCCUCCCUGCGGCGUCCUGAGAUGCCCGUGUCGCCCUGGACCUCUGCCCUCCAGGCCUUUGUAAGUUGGAGUUCCUUGCCAAGCAGAAGGGGGGGUUGUUGAUCCACCGCAAGCCUUCGUUCCAGACAACAAAGCACUGCCUGCCUGCCUUCCCUGAGAAAAGCAGAUGUGGUCGUCGGUCUCACUCGAUUGUCCUUUGAGGCUUAUUUUACUAAGAUAGAGGCUGCUGGUGUUGGUACCUGUGGAUUUUUCAGUAGUGGUGUUUUAGUUCAGCCAAUAGAGUUCACGUGACGUUGACCAUGGGGGAGAAAAAGGGUCGAGUCCCUCCUUUUCAGGGCUAGCUUCUCUCUGCUGCGGAUCCGGAGCAUGUCUGUCCACGUCCUUCCCUCACACAGACAGACCCGGGCUGGGGCUGUAACAAGUCAAGGCCCCUGGCCGGGGUGUAUUUGCACUUUCGAGACCUGUAGCUAACCAUCUUGUAAGUGCCAAUGUGUAUUUCAGGAAAAAUUACAUUGAAACAAGGUCCUUAAAAUAUCUCAGAAAGCAAGUUCCUUUAGCCCCAAAGCUGAAGGUACAGACUGACAAAAUGGUUGGUAAAAUUUUACUCUCCAGUGUCAUCACUGUUCUAAAAGGUAAGCACAUUUAGAAUUGUGUUCUCAACAGUCAGCUGAUUGUUACUUCCACAAAAUAUGUGAAUUUGCUGCUUCUGAGAGGCAAUGUGAAAGAGGAAGUAUUACUUUUAUGUACAAAGUUAUUUAUUUAUAGAAAUUUUGGUACAAUGUACAUUGAAAAACAUGUAAAAUACUGAAGUGUCUAACAAACAGCAUUGAAGUGUCUAAAAUAAAGGUUCAUUUAUAAAUGUU